CAUGUAGAAAAGAGUGCAGUAGGCCCAAUAACCAUUAACAACUAUAUGCUAGAGAAGUGAAUGUGUACAAGGCCCAAUAACAUUAGGUGAAUAUUUUCAUAUGAAUCUUUCAGGGCACCUGAUAUACAUAGUCUUAUUUGUUAUCUCCUUCAAAAUCAAAUCCAACUUAAAACACAAAUUGAUUAAUAAGCGCUCUACUCUCUCCUCCCUCCCUCCCUCACAUACACUCAUCAGUAUCUUCUGUUGAGAUAUGAAGAAGCUUAAUCAUUUUAGUCAUCCCCACCCUUUGGUGCUGGUGGAAGAUCAGGAGAUUGAUUGGAUUAGUAUAAUUUAUUACUGCUCAGCAUGUCAAGAACGGGUGGAGGGUUUCAGCUACAACUGCUCAGAGUGUGACUUUUGUCUUCAUAAGUCUUGUGCUGAGCUACCAAGGGAGAUCAAUCAUCCCUUUCACCUCGACCAUGCACUCAUCCUUUACGAUAAGCAGCCGGGUAACGCCAAUUUCAAUUCAUGGCAUUGCGAUUCCUGCGAAAAAUCAUACAAAUUAGGUGAGCAAUUAUUUGUUUAUCAUUGCUCUUCUUGUGCCUUUGACCUUGACAUUAGAUGUGCUUUGCUUCCAAACUUGAUUACUCGAGAUUUACCAAAGUCUCAACAUUUUAGCCAUCAACAUCCACUCUUCUUCAUUCAAAACCACCAUAUUGAACCCCGAGAUCGAUCUUGCUCUGCAUGUGAAGAGCAGAUACUAGGUCCAUUUUAUGGCUGUUUUGUUUGCCUUUUUUUCCUUCAUCAGAAAUGCUUUGAGUUACACCCUAAGAUCAAACACCCUAGUCACCGCAAACACCCUCUCACUCUUUUAGCCAAUCCUCCAGCUCAUCACGAGAAAUGUUGUUGCCGGUUAUGCUGCAAACCUUGUAAGGGAUUUAUUUAUUACUGUUCUCCUUGUGAGUUUGGCAUUAAACCUAAGUAUGCUUUCUUUGAAGAUGUGAUCAAAAGUAAGAAUCAUGAGCAUCCAUUUACCCUUUUAUCAAGACCAUUUUCUUUCAUUUGUGAUGCUUGUGGUACUGAUGGAGAGUAUUGCAUUCCUUAUGUAUGCUCUGCAUGUGACAUUGUAGUUCAUAAGGAAUGCAUUUCACUCCCACAGAACAUCUUGAUAACAAGGCAUGAUCAUCCAGUUUCUCAUAUUUAUUUCCUCGAAGAAGAAGUCAGAAAGAGGGGUUGUAGAAUUUGUCAGGAUGAAAUCAAGACAGAGUAUGGGUGCUAUCAUUGUCGAGAUUGUGAUUACUUUGUUCAUGUGAAUUGUGCAAUGGACAAAGAUAUUUUCAUCCAAGAGUAUGAGGUGACAGAUGAAAAUCAAAAUCUCAAUCAAACAAACUUGGGGUGGUUAAUUGGAGAACCUUCUAUUACUCGUGUUCUCAAGGAAAAGAAAAUUGGAGAGGAAGUAAUAGCCAUUGAGAUUGAACACUUCAACCAUCCAUGCAAAUUAAUACUUUGUGAUGAUGUUAAAGGUGAAAAAUGUUGUGACGGCUGCAGGCGGUCCAUCUCAACUUCAUUUUACUAUUGUGCUGAAUGCAAUUACAUCCUUCACAAGCGAUGUGCUGAGUUACCAAGAAAGACACGACAUUGGGAUUCCAAGGACACCUUUGCUCUUAAAUCUUACACAUAUUGCAUUUGUAAGUUAUGUUGUUUUACCGGUACUGGCCUUUUCUACACCAAUGAUGUAAGGGAUCGGGACUAUUGCAUUUCAUGUUUUCUAAUUCCUGACGCCGUCACCACUCCAGGACAUAGGCACCAGGUCUUCUUCGAUCAUAAAAUUACAAUCAAAUGUAGUAUUUGUGAUGACGGGCAUAAGAAAUAUGGGGCCUUUAUAUGCAGACGCAAGGAAUGUGAUCAUUUCACCUUGGAUUACACACGUCUUGUGAUGCUGAAUACAGCCCGGUACAAGAAUGAUGAACAUCCUUUGGUACUCACUUACCGUAAUAAUAUUCAUCCUCAUUCGGAUCAAUGCGUCUGUGAUAUUUGUGAAGAAUCAAGAGAUCCAAAUGAGUGGUUUUAUUAUUGUGGAAUCUGUGAUAAUUCUGCUCAUUUCUUGUGUGCUCUUGGCAAGUAUCCAUUUCUGAAGCUUGGAUUGACUCGCAAGUACGGUUUUCAUGAGCACCCUCUCGCUUUUGUGAAGAAGGAUUAUUACCAUGAAUAUCUUAAAUGCAGUGUUUGUGGGAAGUAUUGUAAAGAUGUGUUCUUCAAAUGUACACAGUCAGGAUGCGAGUAUGCUAUUGACUGGGAUUGUAGAAAACCUCUUGGAAAUUGAUUAGACGAAGAUAGUCAGUUGGUUGCAGGUAACCAAAAGUCCAUGCU